AUGGGUAACAAUUCAUCCAAACAAAAGAGCUCGAAAUCAGGUGGAGGAGGAGCACCAUUGCAACGUACAGAUACAUCCAAUUCAGCAAAGUCGGGACGAUCGGUAAGACUGAGAUUGUCUAUGGGAAGUAGUAAUAGUGCCAGUAAUAAUAAUCAUAGCAGUAACAACACUAGUCCUGGAAAUGAUGUGGUGGGCAGUCAUUCUAUUGGAAAAAACGGAAACCAUAAUGCGGAUACAAUUGCCACGUCACCAUUGAAAAAUCGGUUUGAUGAAAAUGGAAGGAGUGGCAUGAACCCAGAUGAACAGGUUAAUGGCCCAAAGUCACCUACGAAGUCGAUGUCCCGGAAAAAUUCAUCAUCAGAGGCAAACUCCGAAGUACCGUCGUUUUCGAGAAACAAUAGUUCGUCAAACUUGUACUCUACCUCUUUCAAUGACAAUACAAACUUGCCACCAUCGAUGAUGCAAGUUCAGCCAAAGGAACCCAUAUUGAUCCGAAGAAAUACCAAUGAAACUGUAAACACCUCAAUGAGUGUGUCUGGACUCGAGUCUCCUUCGAUGAACUCACCACAAUCGACGUUUGUCAACAACAAUAGUACCAACAUAUCGCGAACAUCAACGAAUCAUUCACUUCCAUCGUCUCUGAACAAUGCACCAAUUUCACCUCAAAAUACGCACUUGAUGGUUCCUAAUCAGCAAUCCAAUGAUCUACAAGGGGACGAACAACAACAACAACAACAACAACAACAACAACAACAACAAGGCUCCCAGCUACCCAAAUCGCCAUCCCUCGCUGCUAGUAAUGAUGAUAUCAGAAGUAUACAAAGCAGUAGACAAUCACUGGCUUCGGACUUGACAGACCUUGCAAAGACACAAUCGUUUGUCAACAACCAUUUGCACAAGCAAUCAACAACUUCUUCAUCUAUAGGUGGCGGUAGCAAUACUAUUGAAAUCGAGGACUUGAUACAACGGCUUUUGGAUGCAGGAUAUAGUGGAAAGAGAACUAAAAACGUUUGCUUGAAAAACACAGAAAUUCAAUUGAUUUGUGCUACAGCAAGAGAAAUUUUUCUAUCACAACCAUCAUUACUUGAACUUUCUCCACCUGUUAAGGUUGUUGGCGAUGUUCACGGACAAUACGGGGAUUUGAUACGUAUUUUUACCAAAUGUGGGUUCCCACCUCAAACAAACUAUUUGUUUCUUGGUGAUUAUGUCGAUCGAGGCAAGCAGAGCUUGGAGACUAUUUUGCUUUUGCUUUGCUACAAAAUCAAGUAUCCAGAGAAUUUCUUUUUGUUGAGAGGAAAUCAUGAAUGUGCCAGUGUUACGCGGGUUUACGGGUUCUAUGAUGAGUGUAAAAGAAGGUGCAAUAUCAAAACAUGGAAACUUUUCAUGGAUACAUUCAAUACCCUACCGAUUGCAGCAAUAGUCGCAGGAAAGAUUUUCUGUGUCCAUGGAGGAUUAUCGCCAGUGCUCAACUCCAUGGACGAGAUAAGAAACAUUGCCCGUCCCACAGAUGUACCUGAUUUUGGAUUGCUCAAUGAUCUUUUGUGGUCGGAUCCAGCAGAUACAAUCAAUGAAUGGGAAGAUAACGAAAGAGGGGUUUCUUAUGUGUUUUCAAAGGUGGCCAUUAACAAAUUUUUGAGCAAAUUUGGGUUUGAUUUGGUUUGCAGAGCGCAUAUGGUUGUGGAGGACGGUUAUGAAUUUUUCAAUGAUCGUACAUUGGUAACAGUGUUUUCAGCUCCCAAUUAUUGCGGGGAAUUUGAUAAUUGGGGUGCAGUGAUGAGUGUGUCAGAGGAGCUUUUGUGUUCGUUUGAGUUGUUAGAUCCUUUGGAUAGCGUGGCAUUGAAGCAAGUGAUGAAGAAGGGAAAACAAGAGAGGAAAACAGCACAAAACUUGCAACGUAUUCAAUCUAGGUAG